UAUAAGUCAUAAAUGACAUUUUGAUAUGGUUAAAAGUUACUUCAAACCAAAAUAAUAUGGAAGGAAUUACAUUAUCGGAUUUACAAAAUAAAUAUCAAAAAUUAGCAACUGAAUAUUCAAAGUUACGUUCUCAAGCUCAAGUAUUAAAAAAAGGUGUUGUAGAUGAACAAACACGAAAUACAAAUUUAACAGAAUUGUUAAAAGAAUAUGAACAAAAAGUACGAAAAUCUGAUUUAGAAAUGGAAAGUUUAAAUUUUAGAAAUCAACAAUUAACGAAACGAAUUAUUGUGUUACAAGAGGAAUUAGAUAAGCAAGCGAAACAAAAGCAUAAGGGCAGCGGUAAACAUUUAACAGAGGCAACGGGUGAUUUUUUUCAAAGCAGAAAUUCAGUGAUUGACGAAGAAUUACGAAGUAAAAUCAUUGAAAAUGCUCAACUAUUAACCACGAUAUCCGAUAAAGAGGUAAUAAUAUCAACACUCGAAGAACGAAUACGAAAUUUAGAGAGUCAAACCGGUGAUUUACGAACAAAUACAGAUGAAAUUAAAGAAAAUUAUGAAGCAGAAAUUAGAAAAUUGAAAAAUGAAAUCAGCGAAUUAAAUACAAAAUUAAUUACUUCGCAUGAUAUCGUUAAACAAUUAAAAAUUCAUAAUGGUGAGACACGUUCAGAUGUCGGCAGUUUAGUAAGUAUUGGUAGUGAAGAUAUAACUGGGCUUGUUAGCACUACUGAUAAUCAAACAAUCGAAUUAUUAACACAAGCAAAACAACAAAUUAUAUCAUUAAAACAAGAAUUAGAAUUAUAUAAGGCAAAAUGUCAAUCAUAUAUGAAUUUAGAUGAAACAAUUGGUAGUAAUAUUCCAAGUACAUUUGAAUUAAGUGAAAAUUCUACAAAUAUAUUGGGUGCUGUUAACAAUCCAUCCACUUUAACAUAUGAAGAUUUACAAAAGAAAGAUGAAAAAACAUUUGAAUAUUUUCUUGCACGAAUUAAUGAUUUAAUACGUGAAAAAGAAAAUGCUUUGUCAAUUUGCAAUGAUAUUAGUUUAGAGUGCAAUGCAAUGGAAAUACGUUUAGAAGAAUCAAUUGUUGAAAAACAAGAUCUUGAAACACGUUUACGAACCACUGAAAUGGCAUUAGAAAGUUUACAAGAAGAAUUGAGUACAACUAGUCAUAAUUAUGAAUUACAAUUGAGUACAAUGUCCGAACAUUUGGCCAAUAUGAAUGAAACAUUAACAAAACAAUGUGAUGAAAUUCAACAAUUAGAAUAUAAUUUAGCGUUAAAACAUCAACGUUCAAAAUAAAAUUCAAAAAAAUUUUAACCAAUCUCAAUUACUUUGAGAUACA